AUGGCCGCAGCUGAGCCCAGCCAGCUCCAGUUCGGGGAGAUCGCCGCGCCCCCCGCCUACCGGCCCGCCCACUCCGGCGGGGCGUUCCUGCCGCCCCCGAACCCCGCCGCUGCUCUGCUCCCCGCGCGUCCCUCGGGCCCCGGUCCGGAGCGCGGCGCCCCAGUGGCCUUCGCCGGCUUUCUCGGGAGGGGUCCCGGGCCCGCGGCGCCGCCCUCCGCCGCCCUGGGCCCGCCUGCGCCCCCUAAAGGCGCGGCCGUCCCGUCGGCGUCGCAGCGCCGAAAGCGCACGUCGUUCAGACCCGAGCAGCUGCAGCUGCUGGAGCUCGUCUUCCGCCGGACCAUGUACCCCGACAUCCACCUGCGUGAGCGCCUGGCCGCGCUCACUUUGCUCCCGGAGUCCAGGAUCCAGCAGUUUCUCUCUCCCCCCUUCCAGGUGUGGUUCCAGAACAGGCGCGCCAAGUCGCGUCGUCAGAGCGGGAAAUCCUUUCAGCCUUCAGCCAGGCCAGAGCUUUUCCUCCACCACUCUGCUUGUGAAACUGAAGCAGAAUAUUUGAAGCCCCAGCUGCCUCUGGAGGUAGAUGUGAACUGCCUGCCGGAUCCCAACAAGGUUGGAGGAGACAUCUCCGACCCUAGCUCCCAAGCUCAGAAUUUUGAAACCUAUUCUCCUCUCUCUGAAGACAUUGGUUCAAAGCUGGACUCAUGGGAGGAACACAUCUUUUCUGCCUUUGGUAACUCUUGAGGAGUCUGGGAGAAUUCAGGAUAAGGUCAGAGGAACCAUGACUGACAGCCAGGGAGACACACAUCAGAAUACCAUCCUUUCUGGCUUCCAUGUUAAGGACUCAUCCAUGUUAACCUUGGUAAUGGUUUUGGGUCAUCUCUCACCUGUGAAGCUUCUUCCCCUUUUGCCCAUGAACUUUUGCCCAUGGCCUGUUCUUUCUUCAUAGUACACACCCCCUAGGAGUUCUGGCAUUUUUUAUCAGUGCAUCUCCAAAUCUGCACUUUCAUUUUGGUCUGCAUACCUGCUCCUUCCUACCAGUCCUGUUGUUAUUUUUUCGAACUAGUUUUUCAGAACUCACUAUCUUCACAAGAACUCCUUGGUUCGACUCAGUUUCCCCUUGUGCUUAACAGCUGCUGUCUUCAUAUGGCUCCUCCAAGGCUUAUACCCUUAGACUCAUGUUAACCCAGCUCCUUCAAUCCUCAUCCUAUCAUCAAGAUUUACUACUUUUUAAAUUUGGCCUGACAUCUUUAUGCUCAUUCGUAGCUCCAGUGAUCCUGCAUCCAGAUUAUUCAAGAGCCCCCUGCCUCAAGUUUCUCCGCUUUUAAAAAACUACUCUUUAGAAAUCUGUAGUAGCCUCCAAUUGCUACCAAAUUAUAAAAACGUUUUGGUUACCCUUCCAGAUAACUGACAUUGAUAGCCUACAGGACAAUUAUGUGCAUCUUCUUAGGGUCACCCAUCCACAAUAUAUGCCUCUGUCUCAAAGCCACUCCUUUCAGUUUUAGAACCAAAUGAAUAACCUCUCUCUUUCAAAACACUCUAGACCUCCCUCUUUCUGAAGGCUGUAACUUUUUCUAAUCCUCAUUUUGUACCUGUUACUUCAAU